AUAAACACUUGCAUCUUGUUGACAAUCGUUCCCGAUUCGGGUAUAUGCUUCGCAUGAAAUUUACCCUUGAUAAAAAAUGAUUUCUGCACCAAUCGAUCUGUUUCCAUUCUUUGCAAUUAGACAAUGGAGAAACUGCCAUCAAAAGUGCUUUCACCAAGAAAUCGGAAUAUAUCCCAGUCCACCGGCUUGGCAAAGUUCAAACUAUCGCCGAAAAGAGCCCAUCUAGAAAGUACAAAGGACGCAUGUGCGCUUCUGUAUGAGCCUCCCAAAUUGAGCCACCAAUUCAAUGCCGAGUUGGAAAGGAAGGCUUCAUUCCAUAGAGCAAGAAGUGUAUUUGAUGGCUCCCCACUUAGGAAGUGUGGAGAGAAACAAGCAGAAUUCCCCGAUAUACCAGGGCUGCUUAGUACGAGGCCAAAGGCCAAAUCACCAUUUAGACCAAGUUUUACAGUCGAAAGAGCAACUGGCAACACGAUUAAAGAGCAAAAAUCUGUAAAAGAGCCCUCCAGAAAUGAUCUUUUAUUCAAAUACGCCGAAAAGCAAACGAAACUAUUAGAGCUACAGAGACAGAAGGAGGUUCUUGAAUUCGAGAUACUUGAGAUAGAAGCCCAACUUCAGAAGAAUAUAGGCCAGGAUACUUUCGCCAAAGUUCACACUGAGCCAAACACGCUUAAGAAUAAAGUCAGUACGCUUUUCCAAAGUGGGCCAGAUUCUUCUCUGCUAAGGAAAACUGCAUCAACAAUAUUCAGUACAAACACGGAAAUAUCGAAAGAAAGCACUCCUUUCUUCAGCCCAAAGCUUUCAGCACCAAGACAAAACUCACCGGUUGCAUCGCUUAGAAAGACAGCAUCGUCGAUAUUCACGCCCCCAGCAAACUUCAUGCCUAACCACGAGUUGAAAAAAAAAGCAUCUGCGAUGCUCAAUAACAAGUUCAUGAACGAUGUGCGUGAUAAAAUUGAUCAGCAACAAAAUGAGUUUGAAGAGUUUACGAAGAAGGGCACGGAGUUUGCUCGCAAUUUUAUUACCUCGCUAUCUCCAAAGAAGGAGCCUGAGCCUAGAGAGAGUAUCCUUGCAGACUCAUCGUUCUCAGUCGACAACUUGGUUAAUUUGAGCAUCGCAGACAGGUCUGUGCUUCUUAGUGAUGAUGAAUACGAAGGAGAAAACAUUCUAGAUGACUCUGAACAGUCCGCGAUUCAUAUUGACGACUGCGACAGUGAUGACAGCUAUGCAGCCGAUGAGUAUUGAGUAGGACUAUCUUGCUGGGGAGUGUCACGGGCGCUUGGAAGAAAGUGCUAGCCAGAAGUUAUGCUACA